AUUAUUGUUACGUUUCUCCACUAGGUGGCGAAUUGAUACAAGGGGAUAACCGACCAAACCAAGGCUGUAUGCUGACAGUAAUUCGUCUAUUGAUGCCUGACUCGGUGUCAAUGAGAUUAUGGUACGAAACGUCCAUGCAAUCCUUGAUCGCAGCUUUGAGCUAUAGAAACGAAAGAAGUUUCAACUGAAUACAGUAGUUUACUUAAAAAGUAUCAUAGUAAACUACAAAUAUAGUUUUGAAAAAAAUAUUACGAGAAAUUUCGCUUCGCAGAGUGUCUAGGCUAGAGUAAACAGUUACAGCGUUUGAGUGAGUUGGCCCAGCAGGGUAAGCCAGACCGGAAAUCUAGGACUUGAUACGAGUUAGAGACAGAGUAUAGUGUGAGUGCAGUCAUGGUGAGGGUUAUAGUGCAAGUAGAGACUAAGAAGAUGAUCUCGGGACUGCCACAAUUUCUUAUAAGUCUAGCGUGUUUUAUAUCAGCAAGCGCCCCUCUCUCAAUUCUAAACCACGAAGUAAACCCGCCAUUAGUUGCCAACUGCUCUACCACUGUUCUCACGUGCCAGGUGGACACUCCUGCCCCGGCUGUGGAUGUUUGGUGGACAUUUCGUGGAGAAAAUGCGUCCAAACUACCCAACGUAAAUAUUGUCACGGAUCGUGCAGACGAUGGCAUAUGGCAGCUACAGUUACUUUGUCCCACACCGGAGCAUGCCGGGAGUUUUGCAUGUAACGCCCAGUCAAGAAACGAGAGCGAGUUAGUCUAUCGCAAAGAAGAGACAGUGGACGUGUACGUGCCCAUAUUUAUUGAAGUAGAAGAAACCAACAGUUCUAACUUGGUCAGUACAAAAGUACAACUACAAUGUCUGGUGACGGCCUUCCCCAGGGCCGUCAUCCAAUGGGAGAAAGACGGUCAAGCGCUCAAAGUGGAAGAAGGUCGAGUAGACAUCCAAGUCACACAGAUCAGCGAAGUGGUAGAUUUGGGGUCAGUGACGAUUGAUGUUUUAAAGCGAGAAGAUAACGGAACGUAUACAUGUUUAGCAUCUAACGCUCACAAUAUGUCGAGAUCAACGCAGGACAUCACCGUUCUAGAGCCCCCUGAAGUGAGUCUGGAUAGUUUGGAGGCAAAGGACCCACGGACAGCAUCUUUAAGUUGGCAUGUUCGUUACCGGGGAAAUCUUCCAGUCAAGCGGUUUCACCUGCAAGUGCGGAACUUUAGCACUGGAGCAGAUUGGCUCGACGUGGACAACAAUAUCGAAGCUAACCUCAGCGUCUACACGGUACGGUACUUGUCGCCGGCCAUGACUUACAGUUUUCAGCUAGCAGCGGUAAACGACGCAGGGUACAGCGACUGGGAAAAUCUCAACAUAACCAUGCCUGCCGAUGUUCCGCCAAGAGUCUCGUGGAUUCACGUUCUAGCAUCGACUAAUGAGACUCUUUUGUUAGGCUGGAGAAGACCUCGUCACGAUAAUGGAGCCAACAUUACACAUUAUUUGGUUCAGUUACAUCACAAUGGUGAAGUAAUAGCCAACGAAACAAUGACUGUUAUGCCAAAUCCACGAAAUAAUUACAUGUACAUAUUUGUUAACUUAGAACCUGGAGAGGAUUAUAUAUUUCAGGUAAAGGCGUGUAGUAUUAUUGGCUGUGGAAAUUGGUCUGAACCAAUGGAGGCGGGUACAUCAGACGGAAUGGCCGACCCACCAGAACACGUAGAAAUCAAGUGUUUGUACGACGCUCAAAAAGACCUCUCAUAUGUCGUUGUCACUUGGGAGCCUCCAGCAAACCCCCGGGGAACGAUUCAGUCCUAUAACAUCACACUUGAAGCUUCAGCUCGCUACCGAGCCACCAACGGUAAAACUGUUGUAGAUAAACUUGCAGAAGUGCAUGAAGUUAAGGGUGACACAUCGGAGUUAAAAAGUAUUGUUAAACCCAAUACAAACUACACCGUCCGAAUUUGUACAAAAAAUCGUUCCGGCUGUGGCCCUUUGAGCAUAAGAACAACAAGGACAAUGUGUUCGUCGCCCCCUAGUGCACCUUCCUCAAUGCCAAAGUUCCAACUCCAGCGAAUGAAAGAGAAACAUAACCAUAAGCAGUUAAGACUGACGCUUCAGCGGAUAUCCGAAAGAAACGGUUUUAUUAGGUGUUACAGGAUAAUUAUAAUAAAGCUUGAAGGGGGUGAAAGUCUAGCAGACCUUCCAACGGACCCAAGUUCAUUGGACAUUACAACAUACGGUGAAGUACAUAGAAAAAAUGGCCGCGGGGCUUACAUUGCAGAAGCCAUCAACACCGAAUCUUUUGUGAGUGAAGUUAUAAUUGGCGAUGAUCGAUACAGUCUGUGUGAGGAUACUAACCUUGAUCAUCCUGCUAGCCCCCAGGCUCGCUCUCGAAGAGUGACCGAGCAGCCUUCCAAAAAAUCAGACAUUCUAACGGAAUACGUGUAUGAUGGUAAACUUGCUCCUAAAACCAACUAUACUGGCUUCGUCGAGGUACGAGUGAUGGGACCUAACAAAACGAUCUUAUCAAAACAAAGUCCAUACUUUGCUCCUGUUGAGACAGGGUUUUUUCCAAAAUCUGAGCCCACAGAAAAUCCAAUGGCUAUUGUCCUAGGAGUUCUUAGUGGUCUUAUUUUUGUUGUACUCAUCUUGAUUCUGGUCUUGUGCCUAUUCAAGCGUAAAAAUAAUGACCCUUAUGACGAAAGGGAUAGGUUAGGCCUUACAGCUUUGAUUCGUCGUACCAUUCAGAGGAAUGGACACAUACCCAGAUGUAAAAGUACUCGUCUUUCAAAAACUCCUUAUUUGGGUCCCAUAACAGCAGAAGAUUUACCCAGUGCUUAUGUAGAAAGACACAGCGAUAGUGACCUGCUUUUUCAAAGUGAAUUUGAGGCACUACCAGAGAAGUUCAAAGAUAGAUCAACACAUGCAUCUGACAGCCCAGAAAAUCUUAGUAAAAAUCGUUAUCCAGACAUACGAUCUUUUGAUCAAACAAGGGUGAGGUUACCAAUGGAAGAUGGAAUAACAGGCUCUGAUUAUAUAAAUGCUGAUUUUGUAGAGGGUUAUAAGAAUAGAAAGUUGUUCAUCUGUGCCCAGGGACCACUUGAUCGUACUGUAACAGAUUUCUGGAGGAUGAUAUGGGAACACAAAGUCACAGUCAUAGUUAUGUUAACUGGAGUUGAAGAGCAUGGCAAGAUCAAAUGUGCCCAGUAUUGGAAUGAAAGUGAAUCAAAGGAAAUUGAAAAUCUAUUUGUUGUGAAUGUUAUUACAACUAAGACAUAUUCUGACUACAUUGUUCGAAGGUUUCAUGUCCAAUUUUUAAAGGAUGACUAUGCAGAAGAAAGGGAGAUUCUUCAUUUCCAUUUUGUUAUGUGGAAGGAUUUCCUAGCUCCAGAGCAACCAUCUUGGCUUCUUCGAUUUAUCAAACGAGUCAAUGAACACUAUGUUUCAGACAGAGGUCCUCUUCUAGUCCACUGCAGUGCUGGGGUUGGAAGAACGGGAACAUUUGUUGCUAUAGACACACUUGUACAACAGUUAGGUGAGGAAGGUCAAGUGGAUGUGUAUGGAUGUGUGAGUAAUUUGAGGCACUCCCGCAACUUUCUUGUCCAAUCUUUGAAACAAUACAUAUUUGUUUACCGAGCUUUGCUGGAGCAUGCCCAGUUUGGAGACACAGAAAUGGAGAUAAGGCAUUUCAAGGAUCAUUAUGAACAUAUGAAAGAAAAAGUAGGAGAUCAGGAAAAAACUCGCCUAGAACUCGAAUUUGAGAAACUCGGGGAUGUGAUUGAAGAUCCUAAAACCUGCUGUGUGGGUACCAUGGACAUGAACAUGAACAAGAAUAGACAUAAUUUCAUCAUUCCAUAUGACAUUAACAGAGUCAUUCUUCCUCCAACUGCUUCUCGAGACCAUUCAUCCUAUAUCAAUGCAUCAUUUAUUCAGGGUUAUGAUCGUUCACUAUCCUUCAUUAUUACCCAAGACCCACUAGAGAACACAGUGACUGAGUUCUGGAGAAUGGUAAAGGAACAAACUAUUACAACUGUAGUGAUGCUGUCUGAACUUGGUGAAGGACAGACAAAAUGUCAGCAGUACUGGCCAAGAGAAGAAGAAAAAGAAUAUGAUUACAUAAAAGUCAAGUUCCAGAAUGAGGAGACUAGGGAAAAUAUUACCAAAAGAGAAUUUCAAGUUAUUAACACAAAGAACAAUGACAACCAUACUCUCACCCAGUUCCAAUUCCUUGGCUGGUCCAGUACAGUUCCAGAAAACACAAUAGCCUUUAUUGACUUAAUUGAACAAGCUCAACAGAACAAAGAACAGGACCCUAGUAGUGGUCCUGUUACUGUACACUGCAGUGGAGGUGGUGACCGGAGUAGCAUAUUUGUCACCUUAAGUGUACUUAUCCAACAGCUGAAGAAUGAAGAAAGAGUAGAUGUCUUCCAAGCUGCAAGAUACACACGCUCUCAGCGUCAAUGCAUGCUGAAAACACUGGCUCACUAUGAGUUUCUUUACCAGGGAAUGUUGGAUUAUAUUCAUACUCACAAACUUUAUGACAUGGGUGACACCCCACUUUGAAUAAAAGAAGCAUAACUUGUUGAAUGUGUUGUGUGUGGUUCCUACAUUGCCAACCUUUGAGGAGAAAUUUUGUGUUCAGCCAGUCAUUCAGCUAGAAUGGAUUUUAACUAGUGCCUCAUCUUGUUUUUAGAGCCAUUUCAAUGUUUGUGUGAAGAGAGUGAAUCUGAGCUAGUUCUUAAGGACAAGAAAUUGCCUUGAGAGAAAAACAGCUGUAUGAAUCCAGACACAGUUGUCACAAUAAAAACUUCUCUGUUCGGUAUAGUUAGAAAGUUGCAGUCGUAAUAACUGUUUCUGCUUGAUAAAGAAAUCAGGUGGAUAUUACCAUGCUGGAGGAAAUUACCUGCCACAAUUUCUUUCAGCUGUUCCUUUGACUGGAUAAAACUGACUGUUACAAUAACACCAUUUGGAUAAACCAAGAUUCUAUCAUCAAGACUUUCAAAAACGGUUUGCCACAGUUGUUCGUGUUUGAGAAAUAAAUCAAUUUUUCCAUAACUAAGUAGAGGUAUAGUUGUCUGCCACAGUUGUUUCUCAGUUAUAAAUUAUGUUAUAGUCAUCAUCAUAACUGGGCAAUAUUACUUGUCACAACCUUAUUUGAUAAAUUAGAUCAGUUGGCUAGGGAAAAACCUGCAAGAACUGUUCUUGUUUAAAAAUCAUGUUAGUGUUGAUAUCUAAUAGUGCAGUGGCUUGUAUAAAUGUUGCAAUCAAUAUAGAUUAAUAUAUGACCUAUCAAUGAGUCUUACUGUCUUUGCAGUAAGUAAACAAGAUUCUACUAGAAAUUGACAUAUUUUAAUAUGUAAGGAAUAAUUGCUGUUUGUCUUGAGCAGAAAACAGUAUUGAUGUAUCUUGCUUCAGAUGCUCAGUGGAUGUACAUGUGCCACCAAACCAAGAAGUCAGCUGGGAUGUUUUGAUAAAAGUGCCUGUAGAGUAUAAUUGUUUAAUACAACUUACUUAUAUUUAAUUGCCAUUAUUUUAAUCUGUUUUUAGUGGAUUAUACUAUAGCUCUUUGUUUCAUAUUAGUUCAUAAAUGGUGACAGUUCCUGUAACCAUAAAAUGCUAUGUUUCUAAAUAUUUGCAUGCCAUUUAUUUCACUUUAAAUAUAUAUAUAAGAAAAAGCAUUCUAUAGAAACAAAGGCAGCUACUGUGUGGAUUUUAGAUUGAUAUUUUUUUGUUUUUUAAAUAUUUCACAGAUACUUAAAAGUAAUGUUCUUUGAACGUAAACCUUAUUUUACUUUUUAAUAAAUUAAUCUACCAGCUUUACAGGUAGAUACAGGUAAUUUACCAAUAGUAACAAUGUUGAUUGAAGGUGCACAGGAUAAAUGAUUUUGAUUGCAUGCUAUUUUCAAGAUGUUUACUGAAUAUUCACGGAGUUUAACAAGUGAUAACUAAAGCAAAAAUUAUUCCUGUGUGAAGUUUCUUAAAAAUCAUUUGUCCCUAAUACAUGAUUUACAAAUUUGUUUUUGUUUUUACGUUUUUGUAAAGUUUUUAUGGAUACAGCUAGUGGACUAAUCCAUAUUUAGCUAUGUAUUAAGUUUAUUUUUUCUACAAUUUGCUCAAAUGCUUUUCAAGAAAAUGCUUUAGCAGAGUUUUUAAAUUAGUGACAGGUUAUAAACAAUAGUUAGUAUACUACAUAGAAUGUUAAGUGUUUAUCAAAGACAUUAUUCUUCCAAAAACAGGUAACAAAGAUUUUUUAGCUCUGCCAAAUAUACCGUACAUGCAUAACAUAUAAAUCAAACUAUCUUGUAUAAAUAUCACAUUACCAUUUGAAACCCCUUACAGAAUAUGUGUAAAUUUUAUCUGUACACUUGUAAAAGUGUGACGUAAAUGUAAGAUUGCUAUACUUAAUGUAAGAUAAUAAUCUUGAUUGAAUUAUGUAUAGCCAUACCUGGGAAUCCAUCCUCUCAAAGUAACCUAACAUUUUUUUUUCUUUGAUCAUUCACUUGUUCAUUAUAUUAGUUUAAAAAUUGUGGAACAACUUUAGGUUUUUAUGUACUUACUUUUAUGUGUUUAGUAUUAUGUUUUUAAAUUAAUUUCUAAAUUACAUUUCAGAUUGUUAUAUUUAUGUUUUGUUACAACACAGUUAAAGUACUUAAGUGUAAACUUAUAAAAAAAAACAUUAAUACAUUUACUGUACUUUUAAUAAUACAUUAUUAGAAAAAGUUACUUACUCAGCAUGAGCUUGUUUCAUUAAUCAACAAUCAAAUGUUACUUCAAGGAAUAGUCUGUACUUGCAGAUUUGAAGUAGUCAUUUUUUGUCCAAUUUAACAUUUUUUCUUUAAUGCACUUAUUCCAAAAUAUUAUGUAUGUAACUAGUCAUUGUAGACUUACAAAAGAUAUAAAUUACUACAAAUUAUUAUAGUAUCCAACAAAUCUUGCCAUAUUGAAAAUAAUCUUUACUAACAAUGCUGCUACAUGUGGGUAGGUGAACAUGACUCAAAAAUACCUAAUGUACAAGAUAUUUAGAAUUAUGGAUCAUUUGACGAAGACUUUGGGGAUUCUAUCAUCAAACGUAAAAGUCAGUUAGAAUGAAAUACAAGUCAUGCACAUUUCAAGUACUGGCAUCAUAUGUUCAAUAAAUAUCUUACAAAAUUAAAGAAAAUUUUGAAGCUUCUGGUAACAUUGGUCUUGUUGAAAUACAAUUAAGAACUGUAUUCCUUUAAACCAAAGUGAACAAUCUUAUCUUAAUUUUAGAACAAACACUGUUAUACUUAUGUUCAAUGUUUUAUACAUUUUUAUAACAAAUACUCCAUUAAUUAACUAGUGUGUUCCUUAUUUUCAUAUCAUUUGGUCUCAUGUGAAUAGCAUUAGUUCACAGUGGUAUGUAAGUAUAAUCAUAUUGUUUAAAUACCCUGUUCCUGUGAAGUAUAUGUCUAACAUCUGAAAUAAAACAUGUUUUCUUAGUUGUUGAAGACUGACUGACUGGCAUUAUAUGCUGUAGUAGGCAUGACUGACUGGUUUUAUUAUUUUAUUAGGUACCAAAUGUAACUUUGCAGUUUAGGCUAAAUUGUAAUUACAAUUUAUAUAUAUUGCAUACUUAGUUUAUAAAUGGCACUACUAUUUGUAAAUUGUCAAGUUUGCUGAGAAAUAUAUUUGAUUUACUGGAAUAGACGUGAAUUUAUGAUUUGCACUUCAUUUUAUUAAAAUUUGUCAUAGAUUUAUAAACUAUGUAGAUUUAGAAAUUGGCAUGCACUAACAAAAAUAAACUUAGUUUAAUAAAACAAAGUGUGCAUUUGGAAAUUGUCGUGCACAUUUCUCAGCCAAUUUGUUCAUUUACAAAUUUUAGUGGCAUUAAUAAACUGACAAGUCCACUCAUAAUUUUUUUGGAUAACAGAGAUGAAAGGACUGCGAACUGUGCAAUGUGUAAAUUGUGCAUACAAUUUAGCUUAUAUUUAAAUUAAAACAGUUUAUAAAUCUCAUUCGUGUUUAAUAUUUGUUCAUUUUGGCCCAUGUUUUUUACAUACCAUCCUUUUUGUAUGUGUAAACUGCCCUUAAUUAUGAUUUCUUAAGAACAUAACAGUUCAGAAUAACAAAAAAUGUAAAGACUGACAUGCCUGUUUCAAAUUGGAUGGCAGUAAUUUUGUUUGUUAAAGACAUUACUUUGGAUUAACAAGUAGUACAGUUUACAUCUAAUACUAAAUUUAAAAAAAAUUAUUAAUUUAUACAAGUUAUGAUAAAAAAGUAAAAACAACUUUUGCCUGCCAGAAACAAUAUAAAUGAUAACCUACUACUUGACUCUUUCCAGUAAUUUAAUGGUUGUAUACCAGCCGUCCUAGUAAAAAUUAUCCAAGUGUCAUCCCCCUUAUUUAUGUGAAGAUCUACCCCCCACCAGCUUUGCAUAAUAUAUAUGUAUGUUGAUAAACCAUGAUAUAUGGUUAACAAUAUCUAAAGCACAUAAUAGAUGUAUAUAUAUAUAUAUACGUUUAAUUAUGUUAUCAUGUUAGUUACCAGAAAAUUAAGGUUGUUGAAUUAUCACCUGAUGAAUACAUACUACAGCAUAGACAACACUGCUCCUUUAAAGGAAUGCUAGUUUACUGAAGAUAACUCCAGCUACUCAUCUAGUACACAGUGGUAUUAAAGAGUUUUGGUUUUUGAAAUUUGUCUGUAAUGAAGCUCUUAUCAGCUAUCACAUUACAACUCAAUAAUUAUUAUAAUGUACAUCUUAGAAUAGAUACUGUCUGAAAUUUUUAAUUACAGCAGUGAUCAAAAUUAUUUUCUUUUCUUGUUAUUAGAUAAUGGAUACAUAGUUACUUUGUCUGAACUAAUGCAUAAUAUUUUAAUCCCAGCUCCUGCCACAAUAUCUUUGUAUGUUUUCCUAAAAUAUAACUCUCCAAUGAUUUCUGAAAGUUAAUUUGAUAUUACAGACCCAUUACUCUUUAUUAUAUCUGUUUUAAUCACUACAGCUUUUAACAUGAGGUUUGUGUUAAAUUGAUAAUUAAAAUUGUUGCUUUAAGUAUUAACUCUAAAGGCACAACUCAAGUGAUAUGAAUUGCUCAAUCAAUGUCUUAAGUUUAUAAUUUAACAGUAAAACUUUAUUUCCUCAUUUUAUUUGUAGCUGAUUAUUAUGUGUACCUAUGAAUCAGUAACUCCAAAAGAACAUGAAUUAGUUAGAUGGCAUAUAAGUAAACUUCCCAUAAUGCUUCAGAUUAUUCACACUAUGUGACAUACCUGGAAGAUACCUAACAUGACCUGUUAUUCUGUUUUAGAAAACUGUUUGUAUCAGUUAAUACGGUGUAGAAUCAUUUUAAAAAUUCAUUAUAGGGUAUAAAAUGACUGCUUAAAACCUUGAAUUUGUGCAGGUAUUGUAUUUGUAACUUAUCUCCUCCUAUGUUGUAGUGUGAGUAAAUCAUGAGAUUUAAUGGUAAAAUAACUAAUUCAUGUUAAAAGGUUAAUAAUUUUGUGCAUUUAUCAAGUUCUCUCCAAAAUUUACUGUAACAUAGCAAGUGAAGUAAGCUACCAUGCUAUUAUACAUACAGUACUUAUCAAGCUUCCAGAUUUAUAGGUGUCUGGUUGGUAGCUCAUUCUGGCCAUUUUUAUACUUGCUGUUGGAAUAGCCGAGUUAAAAAUAAAAAAAUUAUAAAUAUCUGUUAAAAGGCUGUUUGUAUUUUAUUUCAUAAAUAAUCAGUAAUUGAAAAUUGAGAAGUUGAGUUAGUUAUCUUGUUUUAACAUAACUAGCCCAUGUAUGCACUUCCAAAAACAAAAGUACAAAAGACCUAUAAAUUUAAAGGGUGAUUCUGUUGGAGUUCUCAACAAACCAAAUAAAAACUUCAUAUCUCAAAAGUUUCAAUUUUCUCGUAAUUUUUAAACCAUAACAGUUUACUUAGCUAAAAUUUUACUGAAACUUCUUUGAUAAAGAAAAUCUUACAAACUGUUUCUUUGAGCAAGCUGUUUUGCAUUACAAUUUCAUGUCAUUUUUUCAGUUUAACAGUUGUCUUUUUAGAAUCAUUUAACACUGACGACAGAUGUAUUUCUGUUAUGCAGUUAACAGUAAAAAAAUCUAUACAUUAUUUUACUAUUAAAUACAUACCAACAAUUCUUCAAAAAUCUGCUGAGAGUGAUAUUUGGAUUUAUAGUGCGCUCUAAAACAAUGUAUCCAGAAGAAAUUGUUGAAAACAUAAUUUUACUGAAAGUUGUAAAAAAAUGUGAUUGUAUCAGUUUUUUAUUCUUGCUCCAACUGUUAUUUUGAAUAUUAAAAAAAAUAAAUUAAUCUGAAUUCAAUGAACUUUAUAAGUUAGGGAACUGUAAUCUUCAUGAAUUUACUGAAACUGUACAUAAAAAUAUGUAUGUCUUUGUAA